UCAUCUCAAGCUACAUUCCAGCAGGAACAUAUUGAUCCAUUGUCCACUACCCUAGGAGAUGAUGAUAUUUUUCAAGCACUUAACGACGACGAUAUUGCUGUAGGUCAGGACAUCAAUGAUAUCUUCCGUUGGACAGAGAGCCCUCCCCAGAGUCCUGGCUCUCCACGUAGGGAUUCCAUCUCACAACCUGGUAGUCCAAGCUGUGGAAUGGGUGGAAGGCAGUCACCAUUUCACCAUGGGGGACCAAAUAGGGGAUCAGGAAACUUAUUAAUGGACACUCAGGAAGAACCUCUUCAACUUCUGCAGCAACCACUUGCACUAGGCUAUUACGUUUCCACAGCCAAAACGGGACCAUUACCCAAAUGGUUUUGGUCAACAUGUCCACAGCUACAAAAUGUUUGCCCUGUUUUUCUUAAGUCUGCUUUAUUGAUACAUUCGCCAUCUGUGCAGCAAAGCUCCGAUGAUUUGCUUCAUGCUAAUCCACAUACAAGGAACUACCAUCCCCUUGAUUCGAAUCUGACUACUGAUGUGCUCAGGUAUGUUCUGGAAGGCUACAAUUCAUUAUCAUGGUUAUCACUGGAUCCUUCCACUCAUGACCGCCGUUCAUGCCUGCCUGUUCACAUUCAAGUUUUGAUGCAACUUUAUCAAGCAGUUGAAGCUCUCAUAUGAGAUUGCAGCUAAAAGUCUUUUGACAACAGGGAUCAAACAUAGUCGUGACUGUAGCCAUUUGCAGUCGGUUUUAAAGACAAAUUGUGAUUUUCUUCUUUUUUUCAGGAUGCAGCACACGACGACAUAUCAGAGCUGUUUCGUAUGCAGAUAUGUAAUAUAAAUUGCCGUUGUAAAGUUCCAACAUUUGAGAGAAAAAAAUCAUUCUGUGUGAUAUGAACUGCGCUGCAGAAUAUAUUUAAGUGUAUGCUUGCACAUUUUAUUCUCAAAGAGAACUAAUUUGCCGGCAGCACGUGAAAUGGUUGGUUCAUCGAGAAGCAUUUGCAGCUGUUUGCAGAAUGUGUUAAUUAAGCGGGAAAUGAACUUUUGUUGCCGGCAAUAGAUUAAAAAGUAUGAUUACUAUUUAUUUUGUAUAUAUAAUAAUAGGGCGUCUGCAUCGUGUGUAUUGGCGGUCGACGUCCUCCAACGCCAAAAUUAGGAUACGCUACUUAUUAGAGUACCGUAGUUGAAAACCACGGAACUUAAAAAACUUUUCUGAACAAUCGUACUUCGAUCAUUGAUUUUGUACAGAGCAAUGUACAGUGUCACAAGUAUACAAAUCUUUUUACAAAUCAUGUAACAAAUUAUAUGUACAUGUCCUUUUGUGUCAUUGGAAGUUGUAGGAGCCCAAAACAAUAAAAAUGAAAACAAGGUAGAGAUUGUAUGGUACUGCCAUCUUAGCAAAGGAGUGCUGGACUCUUGUUUUUACUAUCUGCUAUUGGUUCCCCACUGCCAGCAGCUUGAUAACCUUUGCAUUAUUCAAAUCAUUAACUUUCUUUUACUUCUUAUUUGUUUUAAUAUAUAAUGGCACUUUUGUUUUUAAAGUUGCAUGUGGGAAUAAGAUAGCUUUUAUGGUUGGCUGAGCUGUAAGUCUGGUUAAUUCUGAGAACAAAACAUAUAUAGAUGUAUACAUGUGUUAAAAUGAAAAUAAUUUCAGAGAAUUACUUAUAAUGUGAAAAUUUUUUUUUUGAUGAAUUGCACUAAUUCAGAAGUGUCCUUUUAGAAAUCUCUAUGCAACUGAGUUUUAGAGACUGUACAGUUUAAAAAGGUCUAUGCAAUCUUAAAAGGGGCUUCUGGAUGAAAUCAAAACCCCUAUGCAACUGUAUAAAAGCUUGAAUGUAUAUUUUUUUUAAUCCUAUUCAAUUAUGUGCAACCAAAUUCAUAUAUUUAUAUGUUGAUUCAUAACAUUAAUGCUUGACAAUAUAAUUUAUAUAUAUAUAUAUAUAUUUAUUAACAUGUGAAUAAUUUAUUAUUGUAAAUUUAGGCCGAAUUAUUUAUCCAGAAAUCUUCAUUUUUCAUUGUUAAAAAUUUGUUUCAUAUAAAAAUUGAGCAUGCAGCUCUGUGUAGCCUUGCCAGUUGAUUAUUAAUAUAUGUUUUCAAACUUCUUAUAUGGAAUAGUGAAGGUAAAUGCAGGAACCAAAUUAAAUACUUUAGUCAUUUAAUUUUAUAUUAUAUUCCCGAAUGUAAAUUUGUAUCACAAAAUAAUGAUGUCUAUUAAUCAACAGGCUGUUUACAAAGCUUUCUAACGAAGUUUGUUUUUAUUUUAGCUUUGCAUGAGACUUUUUAAAUUUACUUCAAAUGUGUAUAAAAUUAUAUUGCAGAUAUACACAAUUUUCAAAUGAGGCAUAUUUUUGUAACUUAAAAAAUAGUUAUGUCAUAUGUGCACCUGCAAUUAAUCAAUUUAAUUUAACUAUUCAUUGUUUAACGGCAGUGUUAAACUAUCCUGUGUAAUGACUGACUCAGUGGCAUUGACUAACAUCUGUAGCUGUAAAUUUUUUAUGUGAUUUGCCAUCAUGCAUUUAUCAGAGAUAUCAAAGUAAAUCUUUAAAAAGUACUGUAUUUCAACUAGCAUUUUCCAUCCAUUCUUGUAGAAACAUAUAUCAAGUACUAAAACGUUUAUUUGCUGUUUAAGGGGAGCAGAACAAACAGAAAUUUAUGAUCGUUAAUGUUCUGCGUUAAUUGGCUUCCUGUAAUGUAAAUAAAUUUGUGAAAUAUUGAUAUGCAAUGUAAAUUCAAAAAUGGAAUCACGUAUGAGAUAUAGCUUACUGGAAAUAAGGACAAAUCAAAUCAGUUUCAUAUUGAAUGAAUUUGUAUAAAUGUAAAUAAUUGUUUUUUAAGCUUUAUUUUUACCAUUUAUUAAUCUUUUAACAUAAAAAUGUAUAUCAUGUGGAUACUGAUACUUUAAUCAUCUUUUUAGCUCAUUAUAUUAAAGUGAAAUUAAUUAAAAUACCAAAUGUAAUAUAAUGAUUUGAUUAUAUAACUUAUGAGAUACCAAAAAUUUGUGCAAAAUAUCGCAGAAACUUAAAAAGUAUGAUUGCGGGGGGGGGGGGGGAGUAAUGGGGUAAAAAGGAAUUUAUGUGGAAUAUUAUAGGGGAUUAUAUUAAAUAAAAUUUGGAAUCUUAUUUCUAAAAUGGAAAGAAGGAUGUUAAUCAACAUAUUGCAGAGUGGACUUUAUUACUAACAGCCUUUAAGAAAUCAAAAUAAAUAAUUGCACUUAAUAUAAGUGGCCUCUAUUUUUGCAGAAUGAAAAAGCUGUAAGCUUUGAUGCAUAUUUACGAAAAACUACAAUUUAAAAAUGUAUUAUAGCAAUCAUAUAAAAUUAUAUAUUAUCAUUUAUGUAAAGAUAAAUGAAACAGAAUACAUGCUUAACAUGAUCUGUGUGAAUAUUUUACUUUCAGUAUUUUGUUUAGGCAUAUGUUUUAUCAUACAGUCAGGAAGGUUUGGUUUAAAUUUAUAUCCAUACUUUAUUAAUAAAUCAAUUCUGUAGAUUAAAAAAAAGGGAGGGAUAGAAAUAAAUAUUUGCUACCAAUGAUCUUUCAGUUCUAGCUGACAGGAAAAACUUCUGUCUAUAUCUUGUGGUGAGAUUCCACUAAAUUGUUCUUUAGCUCAAACUGAUUUACAAGUAUUGGAAAAACUUAAUUAAACUAUCAGUAAUCAGUGUAACUGAGAAGAAUUCAGCAUAGCAUAGUUUUAAUAUCAAAAUCUGCUAAUUGUAUUUGAAAUAUUCCCUGUAAUGUACUUUACAGAUAGAUGAAGAAUUUAUUCAGUUUUUAUUUUUUUGGGGGGGGGGCAUUCAUUUUAAUCAUGAAAAAUUGCAUGAGACUAAACAUUUAAUUUUAGCAUAGUGAUAUGUUAUUAAUUUAAGAAGAGAAUCUGAUUUAAUGAUAUUUAAUAAUAUAAAAGUACUUAAUGGUGCUUAUUUAUAUAUUUUCAUUAGUUAAUGGCAUUUAAGAGGCACUUAAGUUUUGUAACAGACUGGUUGAAUAGCAUUUUUUAAAAUUUAAAAGUACUUAUAAGAGAGUCAGUAUAAGUUGAUUCUUAUUUUAUUUAAGAAUUAGUAUUGGUCUAGUAUGUAAAUAAUAGAAACCCAGCCAAAGCAUGGGCGUGCUACAUUUCAAAAUUAAGAGAUUGUUUUAAUAAUUUUAGACAGUGGGAAAACUAAAUAAAGCUAUUAAUAAUGUUUUUUAUUAUGAUUUAUGUGUAAAAUAAAACAAUUUUUGAAUAUCUAUCUAGCAUUGAAAUGAAAAAUUGCAUGAGACUAAACAUUUAAUUUUAGCAUAGUGAUAUGUUAUUAAUUUAAGAAGGUUUUCUACUGUUUUCAAUUAAAGUAGCAACACAGUAUAUCUGUUGAAUUCAAGAGCUUAAAAAGUGUGUCCAUUGAAAAUUGUGGGAGCAAUAAUUGAGCUAUGCACAAAAAAGUAUCAAAGAUUCCAGAUCUACAGCUCAGCCUCCGUUUGAAGAAUCAUGUGGCACAGCUGCAUAUUAAUGAUUUUGUAAAUAGUCAUAUAUCUCAUUUCAUGCGCUGUGACAUUGUGGUUCAUUUACGAAGAGUAAAAGCAUUACGAGUUUAUUUGAAAAAUAUUCAUAAUGAUCUCUGAAAUGAUUGUACUGAUAUGCCUAUUUUUUAAACAUUUUAAUAUCAGACUUUCCAACUUGUGCUUAUUAAUUAGUUCUUAUUUGUCAUAUAUUGAACUCAUCAAAAUAUAUAUAUUUUUCUCUGUAGUCAUUUGUAAUGCAAAAUCCCUUCUAAGAAGCAUUGUCUUUGCUGUAAGCAAUGUGAAUGUGCAUUUGUUGAGAAAAUAUAAUCAUUCAUUUGAAUCCGGUGCGGUUUUACCUUGGAAUCGAGGUAUUCUUUUAAAAUGCUUUCUUAUUCCUGCUUCAUUAUUUAUUGUUUUAAAAUUCUUUUACAAUUGUGAUUAAUGAGAUUCCAAACAUUUAUUGCAAUUGUUUUAGUUAAGGAGUUUGUUGCUUUUAAUGUUUUUACUGUAUCAUUAAGAAAAAAUCCAUAAUGUAAAAUAGAAGUACAAUUCCUCUCACUUGUACAAAUUGAAAUCUAUUUUUUAUUAUUUAUACUGUAUUUACACAAAAUGAUUUCAUUUAUUCACUCACUAUUAUCUACUUUGUAUAACCUUUCCCCUUCCCUCUCGUGUACAGCAGAAUAGAAUAAGGUAAAGAUUGAAAAUUACCACUUUAAAUAUAAAAAUAAAAAAAAAAAAAAAAGAAAUUUUGUUUGAGACAUAAACACUACAAGUGUACAAAUGAGUUUCUUUUUGUUUAUAAUAAUAAAUCUAUUUAACUGGUU